GUUGAAAAAAAAAGUCAGUGGGCCAAAUUUGAGUUUUAAUUGGUCAGACAUUUUUUUUGGGCUCAAUUGGAUUGAAUUGGUUUGGGCCGUACUUUCUUGUGGGUGGAUAUUGGGUUGAUUUAUUUUGGCUAAUUUAAUUGGUGUGGUGGGCCUGAUUUUCUGACAAAAUUACCAAGAUCUGAAAUUUUUGUACCUGGUAUCUCGUCCACUCGUUUGAGAUGGCAGAAGACGGGAAGUUCCGAAUUGAGAAGUUCGAUGGUACAGAUUUCAGUUGGUGGAAGAUGCAAAUUGAAGAUUUGCUGGUUCAGAAAGAUUUGGACGUGGUUUUAGGUGGCAAGCCAGAAAAAAUGUCGGAUGCAGAUUGGGCAGUUUUGGAUCGGAAAGCAAUGUCCGUGAUCCGUCUCUCGUUGACCGAGAAUGUUGCGUUCAACAUUCUGAAGGAGAAGACAGCGAAGGGAAUUAUGGACGCGUUGUCUAACAUGUACGAGAAGCCAUCUGCAGCGAAUAAUGUUUUUCUGAUUAGAGAGCUGGUGAACACAAGGAUGAAAGAAGGCACUUCAGUUACCGAGCAUAUCAACAAGUUGAAUUCGAUAUUAGCCAGACUUUUGUCAGUGGGCAUUAAGUUCGAUGAUAAAGUUCAAGCUUUACUACUGCUAUCGUCUUUACCUGAUAGUUGGUCCGGAACGGUUACAGCGGUUACUGGUUCAGUGGGACCCGAUGGGUUCACCUUUGAUCAGAUUCGAGAUCUCGUUCUUGGCGAGGACGUUAGAAGAAAGAGUUCAGGGGAGUCAUCUGGUGAAUUGCUUCAUGUUGGUAGAGGCAGAAGAUAUAGCAGAGGUAGUGGGAGCCGGAACAGACAAAGGAGUCAGUCGAAGACUCGUGACUGCUCGGGUGUAACAUGCUGGAAGUGCAACGAGAAUCUGGUUAUUAGAGACUUUGGAAAGGUACGACUAGCGGACGACAGUGCUCUUGAGGUGACGGGCAUGGGUAACAUGAUGUUGAAGACCUCAGUCGGUCUCUGGACUUUGAAGGAUGUCAGAGUGGUUCCGGCCUUGAAGAAAAGUUUGAUUUCUGUCAGGCAGUUAGACGAACAGGGACACGAGGUGAAGUUCAGAGAUGGGCAGUGGAAGGUCGUGAAGGGAAAUCUUGUCAUGGCCUGCGGAAGGAAGAGUGGUUCGUUGUAUAUGGUCGAGCUACCAUCUGAGGGAGUGACCGCCUCAGUUCAGAAGAGAAACAAAGUCCGGUUCACAGAGUCUCGUGGGCAGAAUAAGGUUGUCUAUGCAAGAGAGAAACCUAGAGCCACAGGUCAGACUCGGGAUGAACGAGCGUGGAAAGGUUCAAGGAGGCCAGUCAGAGGUAUUUUUGGCAGUGGGAGCUCAAGAGGCGCUUCAGCUAAGUUGCCUAGAAGACAGUGGGUCAAAAGAACCAGUAUUCCAGCUCUUGGAACAUCUCCAGAAAAUUUCUUGCUGAGUAUGGAGAGUGUUUGUUCUCAGGAUGUUCCAGAAUCCGGCAUUGUGCAUCUGCAGUGGGAGCCGGUAGGGACUGAGGACGAGUCAGGGGCCGAUUUUGCCGUGACUGAUGUGUUGGAGCUUGGGAGAGCUUCAACGGGCCUUUCAGUUGUCUGAUGAUAGGGCCGCUGCAACAGGAGAGCUGAGAAAGAUUACUCGAUGUACAGGGAAUCGUGGUGGAUGGAAGUUGAUGACUAUCAAGCCUCCAAGUGGGAGAAUGUUGGGUUUGUGGAGGCUUGGGCUUGACUUUUGGCCCGACCCAUGUUACGAAACCCUAGAUGCACUCUUCCUAUAUAUAUUGCAUACUUGUACUUGUAAUUGGCAUCACAAGUGAAAUAAGAAAAUCCUCCUGUU